GGCGACCACCGGCAGUCUACAGUCAGUAUUCGUUGACAACGGUUCACCGUAGUUUGCCGAACAUUCGAAAAUUUAUAUAUUUUUUUUUUUAGUAGAACCGCUCGUAUUCGAAAUAAUAUUUUAGUAUAAUUAUAUAUUAUAUAUUUUUUUCCCACACGUCGAGUAGCGGGUUUUCGUCUUUUUUUUUCAUUAUCAAAUAAAUUUAUUUGUUUACAGUAGACACUUGUCGGGCGUGUGCGUGCGUUUUGUUUUGCGUCGUCCGUACUAUAUAUUAUAAAGCGCGCGCGAGAGUCCCGGAGACGACCCGUAUGAUGUCAAGACGCUGUCGCGACACUUGACGAUCCGUUUUGUCGCGCGCGCUCACACACGUUGUUGUCCACCCGUAAUGGAUACCAAGUAUCAGAAAAAACAGACAUCGACCACCACGGUAAUCGUUCGUUCGCGUCCCGUGCAGUUUGCGCAAACGUUGGCCAGGGUGUUCCGCAUCGGCCGCAAGGAGAAAAUCUCAAAAAAAUCCGUCACCAAGAAAGCAGUUGCAGUGGCCAAAACUACUACGUAUCCACAACACCAACCACAGCAAAUCGUCAUGUCACCGCCACCGCCCCCGACCAUGCAGUCCGGGUCACCGCCACCGACUCAGUUGUCACCUCCCGCUAGCAACGGCCAACAGACUGUUGUGGCCGCCAAUGAACACAUGAUAAUGCCGGUCACCAAAAGAAGUCCGACAGACUACAUUUUCGGCAAAGUCAUCGGCGAGGGCAGCUAUUCCACCGUGUAUUUGGCCAAAGACAUACACACAAAUCGCGAACAUGCAAUUAAAGUAUGCGAAAAACAUCAAAUCAUCAGAGAGAAGAAACGCGAACAAGUGCGUCGCGAGAAAGACGCUUUGAACAUACUCAGCAAUUCCGGGUCGAGUUUUUUCGUCAAACUGUACUGCACUUUCCAGGACGCCGAAAGACUGUACUUUGUCAUGUCGUACGCUAAAAACGGCGACAUGCUGCCCUACAUCAACAAGGUGGGGUCGUUCGACGCGGCCUGCACUCGUUUCUACUCGGGCGAAAUCCUCCGGGCCCUGGAGCACCUGCACGACUUGAACAUCAUGCACAGGGACCUUAAGCCCGAGAACAUACUGCUCGACCACAACAUGCACAUCAAGGUGGCCGAUUUCGGUUGUUCCAAAAUAGUCGAACAGCCCGACACCGCCGACAGCGACAUAACUUCCACCGAGUCGUCGGUCAUCAGCGACGACGAGCCGAGGCCGCGCAGCAACAGCUUUGUCGGCACCGCUCAGUACGUCAGCCCCGAACUAUUGACGGAGAAGAGUAUCUCGUGCAGUUCGGACCUUUGGGCCCUCGGCUGCAUUAUCUAUCAGAUGAUCGCCGGUCUGCCGCCGUUCCGGUCCAGUGAUUUGGUGGCUUUCAGGAGCGAGUACAUGCUGUUCAAGAAAAUCCUCAGCCUGGACUACGAGUUCCCCGACGGGUUCAACGCGGACGCCAAAGACCUGGUGCAGAAACUGCUGGUGCUCGACCCCAACGAGCGUCUGGGCGCCAAGGACGACAAGCGGUACACGUCGAUUCGUUCCCAUCACUUUUACCAAGACUUGGAUUUCGACAAGUUGCACGAAAUGAACCCUCCGCCCAUUUAUCCGUACCUGCCGGGCAACAGCGAGAGCCAGGAACUGCGCAGCCAGUACCGUGUUCCCGACCAUCUCGAACCGGGUUUGGACUACAGACAGUUGACCCGGUUGUUGGGCCUCGACGGACAGAGCAGCUCGACCACUCCGGCCCCCGCUCCCAGGCCUCGCAAGAGGGCGGGCGUGUUGCAGAUGAGCGAAGAAGAGAAACAACAUCAGCUGCAACAACAAAAGUGCAACAACAAGUGGCACAACUUAGUCGAGGGCAACCUAAUCGUCAAACAAGGAUUGGUUGACAAGCGAAAGGGUUUAUUCGCUAGAAGACGCAUGUUGUGUUUGACUAUGGGUCCACAUCUAUAUUAUGCUGAUCCUACUACAAUGAGCCUCAAAGGAGAAAUACCAUGGAGUCCACAACUACGCGUGGAACCCAAGAACUUCAGAAUAUUUUUCGUCCACACACCGAACCGAACUUACUACCUAGAAGAUCCUGAAGGAUUUGCAUUAGAAUGGUGUAAAGCCAUUGAAGAAAUGCGUGUCCUCACCUACGGCGUUUCAACGACUACAUGCGCUUAACAAAACCGUUAUUCGGUGACUGUUUUUUUUUUUUUAAUAAAAUUUCGACGUAACUAUUUUUCUCUUUUUAAUUAAAACCUGUGUUGUUACAAUAUUUCAGUUUUUAGUUUAUAAUAUUGUUGCAGUAUUUUGUUUUAACGAAAAUGAUCUGCAAAUAUGUCUGUGAUAUUACAUUUUAAUUGUAAAUGAAUUGUAACUUAGAGAAAUAAAAGAAAAGCGUAUAUACUAUACAAAGUAAUUUAAGGUUAAGUAAUUUAUUUAAAAACAAACGGCUGGUGACACUGCCCCUUGCCCAGGAAUAGGCUGUGCUCGGUAAACCCUUAGCUUUAGAGUAAUAAUUUAUUUUCAAUUUUUUUUUUUUUUUUGAUUGGUUGUGCCUUUAAUUUAUUUGUUUUUUCCCAUUUUUUUUUUUUGUUUAUUAUAAUUUUUUUUUUUGUCUUUCCCUUUAAGCUGACGGUUGACUUGUCAAUAUUGAAAAUUCCCAACUGAAAUAAUAUUACUUUUUUUUUUAUUUUUCGACCUAUAACUUUUUCUUUAUUUAAUUCGCAUGUAUUUAUUUAAUUUUUUUUUUAGCGUUUUAUUAAUUACAAAUAGUAAAACAACAGUGCAUCCAUUUUUAAAAAUGCAAAAAUACUAUCCGCAUAUCGUGUUUAUUUUUAUUAUUAUAUUUUUUUAUUUUAGCAUUAAAGAUACAUUUUGUAUCCCAUGCCCCCUUUUCCUCAAUGGUAACUAAUUGAAAUUUAUUCAUGUUAUCUAAACCGCACUAUUCUAAACACAUUUUAUUUUGCAUGCAUGCAGUAUUUACUGUGAUAUAUUUAUUGUAUUUAAAUAAAAACAAACAUAAUAAGUUGGAUUUAGGUGAAUAUUAA